AAUAAACGACGCAAAGGUCACAAGCCCGAUCAACUAACUUAUGUGUUAACCCAAUAAUGUUAUAUUGCAAAUAGCCAAGUGGGCCUUGGAGUAUAUCAGUUGCUUACUAGCUAGAACAAAAGAGGAAGGGUAGCUCAUGAACAUCUCUUUCUUGCGGGUUCACAAAGUAAAACCUCUACCGAUUUUCGCGGGUAUCAAAUUAUCAAGCAAGAGAAGAAAAGGAUGAAAUCAGAUAAUUAUUGGAGCGAAAUAUUCGGAGCAGCUAAGAUCAAUCAAACGCCUCUUAUCUUUAUGUUAGAGGAGCUCUUUAGGGAAUUCAGUUCAUAUUUUUUGGGGGGAUGAUUUGGAGGCUAGGUUGACUAUAAAAUGGAAGUAUAUAUCUGAAUUGGGGUAGAGUGAUAUCGGGGGAAAAAAAUUGAAGCUAGCAGAGGAAGGAAGAAGCAAUUUAUGAAUCUGCUCAUUGCUCAUGGUUGAUUCCCCAAAGUUCAACUCUAAUAAUUGCUAAAAGGACUCGUGCUCAAAUACUGGAUCAAGCUCGUCAGAUUCCGUUGCCUCUAAGUGAGAGUUCAUCUUCGGAGGAGGAAACUGAAGAAAAUUUUGAGAUGGCUGACCGUACCUUAAAGCAGCUCGCUGUUCCUACAUUUGAUCCUAAUUUGCUGUGCAUAUUAGAUGGCGGGGAAGAAUGUGAGAUCAAGCCUGGACUGAUCAGAGCAUUACCCACAUUUUCAGGUUUCCGCAAUACUAGUUCCUUGGGUUCAGUUUACAUGAAUGAGGCGAACAGGUUUUUGAAGGAAUUUCACAUAGCAUGUUCGGGGAUGAAACCUGCUGGUGUAACCCUUGAUCAGCUCAAGUUAAAGGCCUUUCCUUUUGCCUUGACUGAUGCUGCCAAGGAGUGGCUGUUCGGACUGCCUGCAGGAACCAUCACAGAAAUAUGUGGGAUUCGACAAGAAGAUGCAGAGACACUUCAUGAGUAUUGGGAGCGGUUCAAAAAGCUAUGUGACAGCUGUCCUAACCAUCAGAUCAGUGAGCAGUUGUUAGUGCAAUACUUUUAUGAAGGGCUCACGGAAUCGGAUCGGAACCUAAUUGAUGCUGCAAGUGGCGGAGCAUUGGUUGAUAAGACACCCGCAGCCGCAGAGGCAAAGACACUGAUAGCAAAUAUGGCAGCAAACUCUCAGUACCGUGGAGGUCGAAAUAUUAAGUCCAGUUCUAUACGUCAAGUUAAUGAAGUAGUGAGUUCUAACUUCGAGCAACAAUUAGCCAAACUCACUUCUUUAGUGGAGCGAGUGAUGAUUGAAAAAGGGCAAGAAAAAGUUUGUGGCAUAUGUUCGAUAGCAGGACACCCAACUGAUAUGUGCCCUACUAUGCAAGAGGAACAAGUGAAUUCUAUUGGUGGUGGUCAGGGGCAGCAAAGGCGUUAUGAUCCGUUCUCUCGGACUUAUAAUCCGGGGUGGAGAGAUCAUCCAAACCUGAGAUAUGGCAAUGUUCAGCAGCAAGCAGGCAACUCCAACCUCAGACAACCAGCUUUCCAGCAACAACAAGUACCUAAUCCUCCACCUGGUUUUCAUCCACAACCGCAAUAUCAGCCGCGACCUCAAAAUCAGCAAGUUUCCCAGCCAAAAUCUGGUAGCAUGUCUCUAGAAGAAGUCGUGAAGGUAAUGGCUGACAACACUUUGAAUUUUCUGCAAGAAACAAGAAGUGGACUAAAGAACUUGGAGAACCAAGUUUCUCAGUUAGCUAACACAGUGGGAAAACUCCAGCUCAGAAUUCUAACAAGUUGCCUAGCCAACCAGAGAGAAAUCCGAAGGAGAAUGCAAGCGCCAUAUCACUUAGAAGUGGCAAGCGCUAGAGGUUCCAGAAAAAAGCAAGAGUGAAGUGCUAGCAGAACACGAAGAGGAACAGGAGACUGUUGUUCCAGAAAAAAAUGAGCAGCCCUCUAAGGUAAGUGAUGUUGUUUCAUCCAAAACUAACCAUUUUUCUUCUUCUGUUCCUUUCCCUAGCAGGUUAACUUCUAAGGAUAAGAAGAAAGAGAUGGAAAAGCAGGUGCUAUAUGUAUUUCGCAAGGUAGAGGUGAACAUACCUUUACUGGAAGCCAUUAGACAAGUGCCGCGUUAUGCAAAGUUUCUGAAGGAUUUAUGCACUAACAAGCGGAAAUUGAAUGGAGAUGAAAAGGUCAGUGUAAGUGAGAACGUAUCUGCUGUCUUACAGAGGAAAAUUCUUCCCAAGUGCAAGGAUCCAGGUAUUUUUACUAUACCUUGUAGAAUAGGUAACACGAGAUAUGAGAGGUGCAUGUUAGACUUAGGAGCUUCUAUUAAUGUGAUGCCUUUAUCUAUUUAUAAAGCUCUGAACUUAGGACCUUUACAAGAUACUCGUGUGAUUAUUCAACUUGCUGACCGUUCUAAUACUUAUCCUUUAGGAGUGAUUGAGGAUGUCUUAGUACAAGUAAAUGAACUUGUGUUUCCUGCUGAUUUUUAUGUGUUAGAUAUGCCAAAUGAUGAAUCUUCUAAUGCAACACCAAUCUUAUUAGGGAGACCUUUUCUAAAAACAUCUAGAACCAAGAUUGAUGUUCAUAGUGGGAUUUUGACUAUGGAAUUUGAUGGGGAGGUUAUCCGGUUUAAUUUAUUUGAUGCCAUGAGAUACCCCUCUGAUUGUGAAUCUGUUUCUAGUAUAGAUGUCAUUGAUGCAUUAACUGAGCAAGUAUUUUUUCUCUCUGGUCAUGAUGCAUUAGAUGUUGUUUUGACUGAAUCUAUGGAAAAAGAGCAAUACACUAACCUGCAGGAACAUUUUGAGCUCAAAAAUGAUGUCAAGGAAGCUUUCUCCUCCUUGGAAGUGCUUCCAAAUAAGCAAGGAAGGUAUGCAGAUAAAUUUAUGAAAUUGCCUGUCACAUCUAACAGACUUUUACCUUCUGUUGUACAACCACCUGAAGUGGAGUUAAAACCUUUGCCUGACCACUUGAAGUAUGCAUUUUUGGGAGAGAAUGACACGCUUCCAGUCAUAAUUGCGAGUAAUCUAACUCCAACUCAAGAGCAAAAGCUGGUGCAAGUUCUCAAGGAGCACAAAACAGCCUUAGGGUGGACAGUUGCAGAUAUUAAAGGGUAUAGCCCCUCUAUGUGCCAACAUAGAAUCUUAUUAGAAGAGGGAGCUAAACCCGUGAGACAAGUGCAACGACGACUUAAUCCACCUAUGAUGGAAGUGGUGAAGAAAGAAGUACUAAAGCUUCUCGAAGUGGGGGUGAUAUACCCUAUAUCAGAUAGCCCUUGGGUCAGUCCCUUGCAAGUGGUCCCAAAAAAGUCAGGAGUCACAGUGGUGGAGAAUGAUAAGGGAGAAAUGGUUCCCACCCGAGUGCAAAAUGGGUGGAGAGUUUGUGUUGAUUACAGGAAACUUAAUUCUAUGACUCGAAAAGAUCAUUUUCCCUUACCCUUUAUUGAUCAAAUGGUAGAACGUCUUGCUGGUCAUGCUUAUUACUGUUUUCUUGACGGAUAUUCAGGUUAUGUGCAGGUUCCUAUAGCUCCGGAGGAUCAAGAAAAAACGACGUUCACAUGCCCGUAUGGCACAUUUGCGUAUCGUCGUAUGCCAUUUGGAUUGUGCAAUGCUCCAGCGACUUUUCAGAGAUGUAUGGUAAGCAUCUUUUCAGAUUAUCUUGAAAAUUUUAUAGAAGUUUUCAUGGAUGAUUUCACUGUACAUGGAGAUUCUUUUGAUAAUUGCUUAGAAUAUCUCACUUUAGUUCUUAAACGUUGUCUUGAAACUAACCUUGUGCUUAAUUCUGAAAAAUGUCAUUUCAUGGUUCAACAAGGUAUAGUUUUAGGCCAUAUUGUGUCUUCUGAAGGAAUAAAAGUCGAUAAAGCUAAAAUAGACCUUAUUUCUUCUCUGCCUUACCCCGCCUCUGUGCGGGAAGUUAGUUCUUUUCUUGGCCAUGCAGGUUUCUAUCGAAGGUUUAUUGAAGGCUUUUCAAAGAUUGCACAACCACUAUGCAGACUACUCCAAAAGGACGUGGAGUUCCACUUUGAUGAGACCUGUAAGCACGCAUUUGAUAAGCUAAAAGACAAGUUGGUCACUGCCCUUUUCUACAACCUCCUAAUUGGGAGCUUCCGUUCGAGCUGAUGUGCGAUGUUCUAAUUAUGCCGUGGGUGCAGUGUUAGGGCAGCGAGUUGGAAAAGUUCCCCAUGCCAUCUACUAUGUUUCGAAGACUUUGGAUGCGGCUCAAGUUAAUUAUACUACAACUGAGAAAGAACUUUUAGCUGUAGUUUUUGCUUUAGACAAAUUCAGGUCUUAUUUAUCGGGUACUAAAAUUGUUGUGUUUACAGAUCAUGCAGCGCUGAAAUAUUUAUGGUCAAAGGAUGUAUCCAAACCUAGGCUAAUACGUUGGAUUUUA